UGGAUGUAAAUUUGUAAAUGCUCACAGAAAGCUGAGCGGUUAGGGUUUUUCGUCAACUAGCAUAAGGAGUUACCAACUAACCUUUCAGGCCGCGUUCGCCGACUUGUUUGUGGGCUGAGACUGGAGUUUCCUUCUGCCGCCGACAAGCGACCAUUUCAAAUCCUCCCCCUUCCAUCCACCGAAAAUGUCUGGAAAGAAGAAGAAUAGGGAGCCCAAAGAGGAAACUGUGACCCUGGGACCGAAAGUACGCGAUGGUGAGAUCGUGUUUGGUGUUGCUCACAUCUUUGCAUCGUUCAACGACACCUUUAUUCAUGUUACUGACUUGUCCGGGAGAGAAACGCUUGUGCGCGUCACUGGUGGAAUGAAAGUCAAAGCUGAUAGGGAUGAAUCUUCUCCCUAUGCUGCUAUGCUUGCUGCACAAGAUGUUGCACUGCGUUGCAAGGAGCUUGGCAUUUCUGCGCUACAUAUUAAGCUCAGGGCCACAGGUGGGAACAAGACAAAGACUCCUGGUCCUGGUGCCCAAUCUGCCCUUCGGGCCUUGGCACGAUCAGGAAUGAAAAUUGGUCGUAUUGAGGAUGUGACCCCGAUUCCAACUGACAGCACUCGCCGAAAGGGUGGCAGAAGAGGGAGGAGGCUGUAAUUGCUCCGCAUAUAAUUGGUUUGUCAGCCAUCUUUGACUGGAGAAUGAUAAGAUAUAUCUGCAACUUACAUAAUUUUUCAGAUUAAAAGUGGUGUUAGUUUUUGCUUAGAUGUUGUUGAAUGGUCUUCUCACUGAAUUUCUUUAACGAGCAAUGCUACAUUUCCAAAAAAGAAAAUGCAAAUUUUUAUCUGGACUGUUUUUAUUGACAGACCAAUUAAAUUUUGAGUGUUUUAUUCUGGUUUGAGAAGAGUUCUUAUUGGUCUAUCUAUUCAAAGUGU